CAACAGUCCAGGCGGCGCAUAGCUACAAUUUGUAGUGGCCUGCUUUUGACUUGGGGGCAGAUAGACGACAGCUCAUCACAGAAAAGGAGAAAAGACUUCUGCCUGGUACUACUUUCUCUGCAUGCUUUGGCGAAGGUCGCGCGCUGUCAGCAUUUUAUCCAGAGAUAGAAGACUGUGUUUCUCUCCGCUCUCAUGCGGAGCGAAAGCAGCUGGGACACAAAGUCGCUGAGUGCAAGAGUGAUACUGUAGGCAUUCCAUUCGUUUUGUUUACAAUUCACGUACCGGCGCUGUGGUGCUUGGAAGGAAAGAUAGCGCAACGGGACAGGGCACGGUUGAUGUGCACCAUCAGUGUAUUACUUACUAGCGUUCACCCAGACUGCUGUGUGUCCUUGGCCCAGAACGCACUCCUGGAGUGAGUGGGUGAGUGUGACUGGUAGUGUGAGGCCAUUAGGGUCUGUAGAACUGCUGUUAUCUGCCGAUUGGCGAAGUCACGACAGGACACGCUCUGGGAACUAGUAGUGCUGCAGUCGACUGAUGAGCCAUCAUGCCUGAGUGCCAGACUGCAACCUCGCCAACCUCGCCAAUGUCCAUUCCGGACGCCCAGCGGCGUGGCCGUGAGUGCUCCACCACGUCCAGUGGCAGCGCAAAGAGUCCGGAAACCGCCGUGCCAAGCAAGCCAUCGACGACGUCAACAACAACAGCUACUACCAGUAGACCAGGCAGCGGUGGUAGUGCCAGUGCCGCUCCAUCCAGCCGACCGUCCUCAGCACCGGAUUGCGGUGGACAACAGCAUCGGCGCCAUCAUCGGCACAAGCAGCUGAGAGCUGUGGGACCGUACCUACUGGGCAAAACCCUGGGCAAGGGGCAGACUGGACUGGUUAAGCUCGCCACGCAUUGUAAGACGAAAAAGAAAGUUGCCAUCAAGAUCAUCGACCGCUCCCAUGUCAAGGAGUCAGUCGUGCGAAAGGUUGAGCGGGAGAUUGUCGUCAUGAAGCUUAUACAGCACCCGCAUCUCCUGAGACUGUUCGACGUCUAUGACAACACAAAAUAUCUCUUCCUGGUCCUGGAGUAUGUCGAGGGUGGAGAGCUAUUUGACUACUUGGUGAAGAGGGGACGGUUAUCGCCGAAAGAAGCGCGGCGUCUAUUUCGACAGAUCGUGUCGGCAAUCAGCUACUGUCAUGAUCACAGCGUGUGCCACCGAGACUUGAAGCCAGAGAAUCUGCUUCUCGACUCAAAGAAUGACAUUCGCGUUGCUGACUUUGGAAUGGCUAAUCUGCAGAUUGAAGUGAUGAGAACAAGUUGUGGCUCUCCUCACUAUGCUGCUCCUGAAGUGAUCAUGGGUGAACACUAUGACGGUUUCAAGGCUGAUGUGUGGAGCUGCGGUGUGAUACUGUACGCCUUACUAGCUGGUCAGCUGCCAUUUGAUGACCCCAACCUAUCCACUCUUCUGGAGAAGGUGAAGUUUGGCCACUUUGAAAUGCCAGCCUACUUCCCACCAAAAGCACAGCGCUUGAUCUUCCGCAUGCUGGAGAGGAACCCAGCCAAUCGCAUUUCACUGAAGCAAGUAAUGAAGGAUGACUGGUUACAAUGGGACCAGGAAACGAGUGGUAUCAACGAAAUGCCUGGCCCCGAGACCGAGACGAUUGAAGCUGUACAGACGUGGAAGCUGAAGGAUGGUGAGAUCGACGAUGACAUCUUCAAGAACAUGCUGUCGUUUACCUGUUUCAAGGACAAGGACGAGCUCAUAGCAGCUCUGACCUGUGAAGAGCGCAACAUGGAGAAGGCCGUGUACUUUCUACUGCUUCGUCGCAAAGGGGAAAAUCCCGCCGUGUCUGAUGACAGUGACAUUGAAGACAUCAACUUUGAGCACAAUGGCUACCGGUUUGACGCACGGAAGCGAACGGACUCCGUCUCCUCCACACACGAGACGCGCGCAUCGUCGGUGUCCUUGGGAAGCUCUUUCAAUGGACAGCACCAGCAAGAAGUUCGCAGCGGCAGCAGUGCCAGUGCUGGCAAGGCUGCUCCGGAAAUGGCCAUGGCUCGGAUUAGUGACCAGAUGCGCUCCAGAACACACAGCGACUGUUCACCGUUGUUGAAAGCAAAAACACAGGCAGUACUGCGUGUAACACCACUACCGCCCAACACGGGCGCCGUGCGCCGAGACAGCAGCCCAUCGGCAAUGAGCUUCUCCAGCCUGCCCGGAUCGCCGCGCGAGUCACCGCGCUCCUCUCCGCGAGGCCGCCGUCGCCCCAGCGGCAGUAUCCCGCCACCGCUCAGCCUGACGGCCGAACGACCACAGCGCUACAGUGUGGGUGCAGCACCUGUGACGUCACCUGGAGCUACGCCAGCAGCGGGUCCAGGAUCUGUCUGUAGCCCACUGGUCAGUCCCCCUAUGAGCCCACACAGCAACAGUCCAGGUCUGCUAAGACGGCUCAGCCAGGCUUUCAUCGGCGGAACACCCCAAUUUCAUCGCAGGAAUCUUGACGGUCAAGAAGUUACAGCGCUGGAGAGGAACUCACUCGACACACCCAGCACACCAACCACGAUCAAGCGUAGCUGGUUUACCAAUCAACUUGAGUGUGACGAGAUUUAUUUCCUAGUGGACCGGAAGGACCUGGCAGCGCUGAAAGCCGAUAUCAACGAUGUGCUGAAGGCGCUUGACGUGGAUGUCGAUACAGCGGGCUCCACACCGACCGUAAUCAAAUGCGAGUAUUCGUACGAGCGCAAAUACAAGCUAACGAAGCACAAGAAGAUGACGUUCGUUCUGGAGUUGACUGCUGUUGACGACGUUAAGCUGAAAUACUGCCUUACCUACACGAUGACGUGUCGCAAAACCUCCGGGUCUGCUCGCCGUUUCCGUGGUAUCUGUGAGCGUCUCCAAGGUUACCUGCAGUCGCGGCCGCAGAUGAGCUCUCCGGACGCGGUGAGCGACGACGAGGUUCUCCGUGGCGACGACACCACCGCCGUGGCAACCACCACCCCGUCGCCGGGAGAAGCGGAUAGCGCUUAUCAGAGCACUGCAAGCCCGGACCAAUCUAGCGAGGUAGUGGGCGAGACGUCCCCUGGCGGCGGCGAUGGUGACACACCGACGCGUGGCCCGCCACGUCGCAAGCUGAGCAAGCGCAAGAACUUCACACGCACCUACCCGAAAGACCAGCAAGAGGGCGGCGAGUCUGCGACAGCCGCCGCCGCUGCCACUGCUACCGACACAAGUCCUGAGUCAGUGCAGGUUGAAGUCUGAUGAUCGUGUCUUGCUGGGUGUGCAUCGUACAGACAAUAACCAUGUGUAGCUGGGUGUGUAUUGCACAGACAAUGAUCUCGCGCCUUGCUGGCUGUGCAGCGUACAGACAAGAACAUGCGUAGCUGUGGUGACUACACAAGCAUGCAUCGCUUUGAGUUGGUGUGUUGUUGUAGUUACACAGCCUUGAAGUUGAUCUUCUCC